UGGCUACAUAACGCAAUUAUCACCAUUACCGUGUCUCUAUUAGAAAACCCCUUGCUAUUCUCCUGCAUUUAGCACCUGUAUACACUGCGGGAAAUUGGAUCUGGUCACCAGAUCUCUGAGUUGGCAAUUCGAUCAACUGGGAUCUAUUCCUGCCCGAGCUUGUCGCCCAUCCAGACGAACAAGUCAGCGUUGGUAAUCACUAUUAUCAGCAGGUCCCCUUUUUUACGCGCCGCACCUGCCGGGAAUCGGUCCAUGACCCCGGAUUCGGCUAACGAGCCGGUUGAUAACGAGAUAUAUAUUGAAAGUAUGCUUGAGGGUCAACAGCCCCCGAGAGUGGGUGCUGAGUUGGCAGCCGCUCAGCCUCCGGCUACUGCAGCGCCUAAUGCUCAGCAAGCACCUGCGAAAAAGCAGAAGUGCCGCUUUUUCACUUCCCGGAAAGGAUGCCGGUCUGGCAAUGCCUGUCGUUAUCUCCAUGAUACUUCCGCGCUCGAGCAAACCCGUUCACCGCCGGAUGCCAUCGAUCAAGCCAAUGGCGCAUCCCAGAGAGAAGACCCUGUACAGGGUGUAGCCACCGACCUAGGAAACCUGUCCAUGAAUAGGCCACGGCCAGUCUCCAAGCCGCCAGUCAUUUCGAAUCCCGCGCCUGCUCAAAGACCAGUCUCCACAGCUGAGAGCCAAAAUCCACGGGAGUUCCAGAUCAACCAAUUACGUCGUCGUUUCCGUCCAAAGGAGACCAAUGAUGGCUCCGGGACGACACUGGAGCUGGAACUGGCCCCUUCAGACCCUGAUUUCCCCUUUGAGAUGGACAAGCUGCAAUGUACCCUAUACGUUCCGCAAUCGUAUCCCGGACAAGGAAGACCCAAGCUCAAUGUUACUAAUACCGACAUGGACAAAGCUUUUCAAGAUAAUGUGGCAAGAGGUUUUGACGACAUCGUAGAUACGUCGAUGCGGAUGAAUAACCGGGGAACGUUACUUGGUUGGAUGAACAGUCUUGACCGUCAAUUGGAGCGUCUACUCACGACAAUAGAAAGAGGUCCCACGAUCAAGUUCGUUGCGAAUGUUGGCAGCAGGGAGGCGCCAGAGAGCCAAGCACCAGCACAAGAACAGCAGAAGGUUACCCAUGUCUCCGAACAAAUUCGUUCUGCUCCAAGAUCGCAACCAGUUGCUGCACCGGCGCGUGUAUUUACUGUAGAGGAGAAAGCGCAGGCUGAGAAGAGACGGGCAACUGAGACCAAACAGCUGGAUGCCCGUCUUGGUAGACUGCCCUUAUUCCAGAAAUCUGGAGAUGGAUGUUCUUUCACCGUGCCCGUUCAACCGACCAAGGCAGAUAGGCUUCCUGCUUCGCUUCGGUCGAUCAAGACGGUGAAACUCGGAGUACCACAAUUGUAUCCUUUGGAGCCUAGUACGGUUAAACUACUAGGAGUCAACGGUCCUGAAGUUCAAUCUGUUGAAGUUGGUUUCGCGCAAUGGAUUAGGGAGAACAGCCAGCUCAACUUGAUGUCACAAGUCAACUAUUUGACCAGCAAUAUGCACAACCUUGCAAAGACACCACUCGAAACGAAAUCUGCUCCAACCUCAGUCGAGAAGCCAGCACAAGUCGAACUCUCACAGCAACCACAGACUUCAGGAACGGAGCCUACAGCUGGAUUAGAAGAUAAACCUCACGUCCAUGUUAUCCCACGACCUCCGGAAUGGUCGAUUCCUAAAGUCGAGGGUGACGACGAGGAAGAUUCUAGUGGUCUUACCGAUUCUGAAGAGUAUACCGAGGAUGAAGAAGACGGGGGUGCUCCCGUCACGAUUUCAGAGCUUAGCACGGCGGAACGUGGUGUUGCACUAUCGUUCCCGUUCUUGGAGCUUUAUGGGAUCGAGCUUCUGGAACUGGUAGGUCUUUAUAUUACAAUACGAUGCGAGCGGUGCAAGGAGACGCUUGAUGUAAAGAACAUCCCCCAGGCGAAGAAUAAUAGCGACGCGUACACUCCUAAGGCUGAAACAUGCAAGAAGUGUGCUAAUGCGAUGAGUGUUGGAUUUCGACGACAACUCAUGCAUCCUCAUUCGAACCGUGCAGGAUACCUCGACCUGGAUGGAUGUACCGUGGUUGAUCUACUCCCCAGCAACUUUGUCCCAACCUGUGCGGAAUGCUCCACAACGUUCCCUGCGCCAGGUAUUGCCUCAGUUCGUGGCGAGAGCUCGACUGCUAUGUGUCGUGAAUGUCAUCGGAAAAUGGUGAUGAAGAUACCCGAGGUGAAAUUUUUGAGAAUAGCGUCUGCUGCAGUUACUUCCCGCGACCGUGCCCCGCGACGAAAGCCCAAGGAGGUCCUUGGUAUCGUUGCUGGUCAGGAAUUACCCCGACGUGGCCGCUGUACGCAUUAUGCGAAGAGUUAUCGUUGGUUCCGAUUCAGUUGCUGUGCAAAGGUCUUCCCUUGCGACAAAUGCCACGACGCAGAAACAGACCACCCUAACGAACAUGCAAACCGCAUGCUCUGCGGCUUCUGCUCCCGCGAACAAAUCUACCGCCCCGAGAACUGCGGAAUAUGCCACGCUAUCCUCAUUGGGAAAGCAGGAAGUGGAUUCUGGGAGGGUGGUAAAGGGACUCGGAAUCGGGUGUUGAUGAGUCGGAAGGAUCCACGGAAGUUUAAGCGUCGUGGGGGUACGACGGCGAAUGCAUCGAAGAAGAAGUAGGCUUGUUGCACAGUGAUAGUUCUGGUUGUGUGGUGGAUAUCUUUACGAGUGGACGAAGUAUAUGAACCGUAGCGCACUUCUAUCUGUCUAGCAUAAUUACGAGCGAGAUAUUGACUGUGUACAAACCUUAGGCGAGCAUAAAAUCAUCCUGCAUGAUUUCUUCAUUCAGCGAUAAAAAAGAAAGAAAGAAAAAGCACCACCAAUCUAUUCGGGACGCUCCCCCAUCUAAGCUUACACGCCCAAUUUUCAUUAAGCACAUACACGCUUAAAC